CUAUGGGGCCUAGCGAAAAGUCUAUUUAAGCGCCAGAUUAACUGAGAAAUGAAUUCAGUUUUAAAUCGUGUGCUGAGCGGAUCGUUCGUCUUCGGUUUGUUAUUUUUGUGAGGACCCCAGAGAAUCUAGUGAGAAUGUACCAAACGCAGGUCUCCUUUGAUAAGCCGACGCGCGUUGAGGACUCGGCUUAUAUUGUCGAGGGUGUGGACAUCCAAGAGGCCAGGAACACCUGCCUGCUGUUCUCGCCCAAGGACUCUUCGUUGUCCAGCGGAGCCUUGGCCAAAAUUCUGGCCAUUUUCAAGCAGCACGAUAUCAACCUAGUGCACAUUGAGUCGCGCUCCUCGCUUCGUGUCCCCGGCUACGAGUUCUUCGUGGAGUGCGAUGGAAAGUCUGGCGCUUUGGGAAAAGCCAUCGAUGAUGUGAAGGAGGAGUGCAGUUAUUUCAACAUCAUUUCGCGUGACUACAAGGAUAAUGCCACCGCAGUGCCCUGGUUCCCCCGGCGUAUUCGCGAUCUGGAUCGUUUUGCCAAUCAGAUCCUGAGCUAUGGCUCUGAACUGGACGCCGAUCAUCCUGGAUUCACCGAUCCCGAGUACCGAAAGCGUCGCAAGUACUUCGCCGAUAUUGCCUACAACUACAAGCAUGGCGAGACCUUGCCGCAUGUGGAUUAUACGAAGGAGGAGAUCGAGACCUGGGGCAUUAUCUUCAGGAAUCUCACGAAGCUCUACAAGACCCACGCCUGUCGGGAGUACAAUCACGUGUUUCCCUUGCUGGUGGAUAACUGCGGCUUCCGCGAGGAUAAUAUUCCCCAGCUGGAGGACGUCUCGAACUUUUUGAGGGAUUGCACUGGUUUUACUCUGCGUCCUGUGGCUGGACUGCUCAGCUCUCGGGAUUUCCUGGCUGGCCUGGCCUUCCGCGUUUUCCACUCCACCCAGUAUAUUAGGCAUCCCAGCAAACCCAUGUACACCCCGGAGCCAGAUGUCUGCCACGAGUUGAUGGGUCAUGUGCCCCUCUUUGCAGAUCCAGCCUUUGCUCAGUUCAGCCAGGAAAUCGGAUUGGCUUCCUUGGGAGCCCCCGAUGACUAUAUUGAAAAGCUUUCCACUAUCUUCUGGUUCACUGUUGAGUACGGCUUGUGCCGCCAGGAGGGCGAGCUGAAGGCCUAUGGAGCUGGUCUUCUCUCCUCCUACGGAGAACUGGAGUACUGUCUUACGGAUAAGCCACAGCUGAAGGACUUUGAGCCGGAGGUCACUGGCAUCACCAAGUACCCAAUUACGCAGUUCCAGCCGCUUUACUACGUGGCCGACAGUUUUGAAACUGCCAAGGAGAAGACCAUUAAAUUUGCCAACUCGAUUCCGCGUCCGUUUGGAGUUCGCUACAAUGCCUAUACCCAAAGUGUGGAGGUUCUCGAUUCGAAACAUCAGAUUUCGAAUCUGAUGAACACCAUCAACUCCGAGUUCCAGAUUCUGCAGAAUGCCAUUGUCAAGCUGCGAGUCUAACCCGAUUCCUAAUAUUUUUUAUUACUCCCCUUCUAUGUAUAUUAUUAAGCUUGAAUUGAACAAUAAAUAUCAGAAAAAUGA